UAAGUAGGGAGGGCUGAAAGACUAAAACACGAAAGGCAUAGAAUCUCGGUGGGUGCAGCAAUCGAACUAAGAAAGCAGGAAAGGAGACAUUGCAAGAUGGUUUGGCGAAUGACGUUCUGGGAGGAUAGACCUCGUGGGAUCCUGCUACCAAGAAUAUCAGAAGGCAGGGUCGAAAUAAGCCUGCCAGCAAGAAAUGCGGUAAGCAAUCCGGUAAUGGACUUGGUGGGGGUAGAGUUGGUGGAGGACACGGUGUACCUAGUAGUGGAGCUGGAAUGGCGUGCGAGAGGGGAGUUCGGGGGCGUAAAUUUGGACCUCCCAGGGCGAGUGCAUGCGACGGGAUCCUUACACCUGUCGGAAGAAGGGUGGCGGAGCUUUGGGAUUGCCUUGGCCUCCGGGGAUGACCUUGUGCGAAUGUUCGAAGGGGCAUGGCAAAUAACCUGGCGGGAGGGGUUUGAGUUUGCAGACCCGGAACGAGAUGACGUGACGGCGGAGGUAAGAGUUGCCGCGGCAGGGAUCUUCGAGCUGCCCAAUGAGGUCAUACAGAUGAGUCUACCGCCCUUUCUGUUGAGGCUAAUGGGAGGCAUAGAGCAAGUGGAGCAGGCGGUAACUGCAGUAACUAGGCUAAAUUUUGACGAAGCGUUAAUGUAUCAAGAAUACUAUCGGGCCUUCCUAGAGAUGGGGCCUUUCGGGGACGAACAGGGGCGCAAGGUGCUUUGCAUUCUACAAGCAGUAGUAAAUACUAGGUCGGAAGUCCCACAAAUAAGUGAUGAGGCCAUGUGGGGAAUCAUCCGGCGGGAGGUAGGUCGGGGCGCAACCUACGUAGAUGAUCUCUACCGGCUGUACGAGCUGCCAGAGGGGGCUAUUACUCCCAGGGGAGAGAGCUCGGGGAAAGCCGGGGGAAGCAGGCAAGGGACUCAGGAGACCAAGGAGGGCAGAAAUAAGGAUAGGACAAGCCCCCGAAACUCGGAAAGAGCCAUGUCUAAGAAAGUAAGGGUCACGGAUGCGAGGCGCAAACUAGUCGAGAUAGAAAAGAAGACCGUGGAAUACAAGGCAAGAUUGACUGAGGAAAUGAUGACUGGGAACGAAGAAGGCCCUCUGCAGGAGGAACCCCGGAACGAACGGAAAGCCAGCCGAGGUGGGACUAGACAAGGGGAUAAAGGUAGUGACCGUGGGGGAACGUCGAGCAAGAGAAGGAAAGAGAGAGAAAACUCUCUGGGGAUGAAAGCAAAAAAGGCUAUGUCUCUGCCAGCCAUGGAUAGUAGGGUUAGCCGCCUGCCGACCACGCCAGCAGUAACACGAGGAUGCGAAGGACUUUCGAGCCUUAGGGAAAGAGUGUUGGGAUGGUUUGACCCGGAAGGAACUAUGAAAACCAGGGAGGGACAGAAGGCCGGCAAGGAAGGUCCGGAUAACAGUAUGGCAGGCGAGGCCAGCAGCUCCGAGGGCGGCCUUAAGAAGAUAGUGUCGUCCCUUGCGCGAGCACUAAACAAAAAUCAAGGCUACCUAGCGGAUGCUAAGAAAAAGUUGACGUUUGAUGGGGCGAACAUCACGGAAUUCCUGAUAGAUUAUGAGAAUCUGGCUGCGUUGUUGAAAUGGACCGAAGAAGAGAAGAUGGACCACCUGGGGCAGCAUGUGUCUUUGAGCCUAGGGCGGGACAUAAUGACCAUUGUGGCCACGAGCCGGUCUUGGAAAGAGACCCGAGAUGUGAUGAUGAGAAAAUAUCUGGCAGCAGAGAAGAUGGCAACGGAGGCCGAUUUAGCGGGAGUCCAGAGGAAGAACUUCGCAACGUACAAUGACUUUCUACGGGAGUUUACUUUGGUACCACUAAGAAUCCCCGGGGUCACGGACCGAAUCAUGAGUAAGUACUUCCUCAGACAGUUCUCCGAGUUCGACAAGGACAAGAUUCUGUCGGCUUACCAACAAACGAGCAAAUUUGUAAACACCAGGGACGUUGAUUUCAGUACGGUAACGGAUCUGGCCGAAAGGAUGGUAGUGACGGAAAUAUUGGCCUUGCUUAAGAAAGGGGAGGUCAUAGAUUUGACCGGUAGAACAGGCGACAAGGUAAAGAAGGGGAUUGAAAGUCUACAUGAGCGGGUGCACGGGGUCGACAACAAAAUUGAAAGAAUGGAGGGCGCGCUACUGGUUAUGCAGGCGCAAGUAUCCCGACCCGCCCUCCCUCCCCAGGAAGUUGUGGUUCCGCCAGGCGUAGCCAACCGGGGAUUCGGACGGAGAGAUCCUGCUAACGAUCAAUGCAAGUACUGUACCGCGAUGGGACAUUAUGUGCGCGCAUGUCCAAAGCUCAACUAUGAUAUCCUAAAAAGGAGAUGCACCAGGUCAUUAAAGGGAGAGAUAUUCGGACCACAGGGAGAGCGGGUGAAUUGGAACUCACYAGGAGGAAUGSGACGAGCCRUUAUCAUGCUCAAUGGGUUAGAGAUAGCGGUCGURSAAGCUGAGCCGGUGGUCRAUAUCGUUUGGGAUCAACUGCGGGGCCGCGGGCCGCAGGUCAACUUUAUCUUGGAAAACGACGAACGUGAUAGGGUGAACGCAACCACUCGACUAGGAACGGCUGGGAGAAGGAUUAACCGUGACACCAUUAUGGAGGAGGUCGCCGGAAGCUCCGAACCCCAGGCAGAACCUGAGGCCGAGGAACCAAAGAAAGUCUAUGGGAAGCCUAGGGAAGAGGAGCCUGCGGACAAAGUUACCGUUGCUAAGACGAAGUUUCGGUAUCAAAUUUCGAUCUUGACCUUGCCUGAGCUCGACGACACCAUUAGCAAGUUACUAGGGACCAUGGUGUCAGUGUCUUUUCAGACCAUGCUGCAAGCUAGCGCUAGGUUGCUCAAAGGGCUUAGACAACUGUUGACUCGGCGGCGGAUCGGGACUCAUCAUACCGACGCGUUAGUAGACGGGGGAGCAGAAAUCACUCUCAUAAGACGAGAUUUCGCAACGAUCACGGGAUGUACCGUAAACAAGGAAGUAACAGAGAGCAUCCGGGGAACUGGCGGGGAAAUCCCGUUCACUGGGUACGUCACGAAGUCUGCUGUGAAGGCAGGAGUCAGGGAAUCGAUCUGGUCGUUUCAGCGGAUGACCGUAAUGGAGGAAAUGGACCAUGACAUAAUCCUCGGGAGACCGUGGUGCGCGAACGUGGAGAUGAUAGGCAUGCACUUGCACGAUGGCUCAUACAUGGUAGACAUAGAGGACCCCGUGACCGGCCGGGGAGAGCUCCUCCGACUCCUUGGAACGGGAGGAGACCCCCGAAAGGGGAAAUUGGCAACAUGGUCGCCGUCGUUCGAGGAUAGCACGCGAAAAGGGGCUUUCGCACGGAUGGAAGGUAUGAGAGAAAGGGUAGAAAUCAUGAUUGAGGAAGCAUUCAACACAAAGGAGUGGAUCAAGAUGGGCUUGCCCCAGAAGAAGAGGAGGCAGGAGGACGAAGUCCUAGGUGUUAUGGUAGCGGAAAAGGAGUCAGAGGUCGAACUUGGUGCUAGCCUGCCCAAACGGAAAGAAGUAUGCAUAGACGUGCCAAAAGUCGCACUCGAGAUCCCCGAUCUAUUACAACUCAUCAAGGCCCUCAGAUACCACAAGGUAGGAGUGGAUUCGGCAGCCUUGACCAAGUUCGAAAGAGAGGUGCAAAAGGGAUAUUGCCUGAAUGGGAAACUAGUUAGUAUUCAACCACGAGUCGUAGAGGCGACGGGGGCAUAUUCCGACUGUUCAUUUUUUAGGAGAAAGAUCCCGGAAGGAAGUGUUCGAAAGUACAAGCCGGUAGGGAAGAAAGCAAAACCGGUCUCGAUCCUGCUAGAGACAUCAAAGGAAGAGGCUAUGGAGAAGGAGGAAGAGGCCAACUACAGAUACAAAGUGACCCUUAUGGGAUUCACAAACGCGGUGGCCGAAGCGCAACGCAGGAUGCUCGCCGUGGCUGGGGACAUAUUCCCAGAAAAAUGUGAGCCUUACAUCGAUGACAAUCCGAUCAAAGGCGCGCAGGAGAAGGACGAGACGAAAUUUCAGCCAGGGAUCCGACGUUUUGUGUGGGACCACCUACAGUACAUCAAGGAAUUACUCCGCCGGUUCCUAGUAUACAACAUUACGGUUAAUGGACCAAAGAGGAUCCUAGCAGUACCGGAGGUAACUAUACUAGGAUUUCGUUGCGGUGCUUACGGUAGGAAGCCGAAUCCGGCAAAGACCGACAAGAUAUCACAGUGGCUGACACCACUGCGCACGACGAUGGAGGUAAGGGCAUUCCUAGGCGUAGUCGGCUUUUGGAGGAUCUUCAUUAAGAACUUUGCCAAGAUUGCGGAGCCUAUCCGGGCUAUGAUCAGGGAAGAAGAAACCAUGGAUUGGACGGAGGAGCGAGAAGGAGUUGUCCAAAGGAUCAAGGACAUAUUGACAUCUGAGACUGUCGCCCUGUCCGCGCCUUGUUUUAAUGACGAAGUAGGACGACCCUUCAUCCUAGAGACGGAUGAAGGACCUAUGACCGUAGGAGGUGUGUUGAUUCAAAGGGAUGAGGGAGGAAAAGAAAGGCCAAUUAGGUUUGAAAGUAGAACCCUGAACUCCGCAGAGCGGCGGUACUCACAGUUCAAGAAGGAGGKCCUAGCCAUCUUGCACUGUCUUAAGACCUUUCAGGCCUACCUAUUUGGGAGGCGGUUCAUCCUCAGGAUCGAUCCGACGAAUGUUGCAGGGGCCUUAAAGAAUUACAGCCCUAUAGAUCCGACAGUGGGGAGAUGGGUAGGAUUUAUCUGGCAGUUCGAUUAUAAGAUCGAACGGAUUGCAGGAAUUAAGAACAAGGCUGAUGGGCUGAGCCGGGUCUGCAUCACUCCCGAAGGGGUGGAGGAUGCGGAGCGCAUAGACGCGUUCCUCGAAUACGAAGGAGAAACUCUUGCGGUGGAUAACGAAAGGAUGAGCGAAGGAUGCACGUCGGGAGAACUGUUGAUCCAGACUUUGGAGAAGGGGGCACCUGCCGUAGUAGCAGAACUUAGAGAAGGACCAGUCACCACUCGAGGACGCAGAGAAGAAAAUGACUCAUGGGGAACGAUAGUAGGACCGAAAGAGGAGCUAAUAGCAAUGGCGGUCGAGGGAGGCCGGGAAGCAGUGAUGAGCUUAGUGGAAUCUUGGGAAAGGAAAGAAUUGCGAUGGUUGGUAAAUCAGGUGCAGGAAGGAAAGGAUGGGGGCAAGGAAGGAGAGGAGUUUUUCUAUGUCCAAUCAUACGAAGGGCUCUUUCGGGAGAUCGGGCUGUUAUUGGUAGGAAACAAACAACCUACCGAAGUCAGUAUUAAAGCAAGAGAAGAAGCCGAAAGGUAUGUCCUAAGGGGCGGGCAUUUGUUCCGAAGGGAGGAAGGUGUUAUGCCCAGAAGGGUUGUGUGCGGAAGAUCUAGGCAAGUAGAUGUUAUCCAGGCAAUGCACGAUGGGUUGGCUGGACGUCAUCGGUCGUCCAAAGGAACGCUUGCAAAGAUGACGCCACUCUAUUAUUGGCCAGGCAUGGCAGGCAUGGUCGCCAUAUACUGCCAGACUUGCCUUAUUUGCCAAGAACGAAGCUCGGUGCGGGUCUUCGAGCCGCUUAGACCAACACGGGUGCUAGGGCCGGGACAUCUGGUCCACCUCGACCUUGCGGUUAUGCCUGUAUCAACGGAUGGGUACAGGUAUAUCCUGGAUGCGCGAGAUAACUUGAGUGGGUUCGUGGAGGCGGUCGCUCUCAAGAAAAAGACAGGGAGGAGUAUGGCGGACUGGAUAGAAGACUUCUACUUGAGGCAUCCGUUCGUCAUGAGGUUUAUAGCAGACAAUGGGACGGAGUUUGUAAACCAAGAAGUAUUGGGGAUGCUUAAGAGACUCUGCGUACCGAUCAAACUCAUCGAGCCGUAUCACCCUGAGGCCAAUGCACCUGUGCAAAGGGGGCACCGAACCUUGAAGAACACGAUUGCGAAGCUCGCAGCGGACCAUCUGGGGAACUGGCCUAGCUUUCCCCAGAAAACGAAGUCUCGCUUCCGGGAGAGCUUUGGAGGUUGCAUCCAACUGCCUACGGAUUUAGCGACACUGUCCGCAGGCAAAGAACCGUUUGCCUCCCGGAUCGAGUUCCACAUUCCUGACGAGGUGCACCCGACAACUUCGGCGCAGAGCAGUUGCGUGUCAAUGCCUGCUUCUUUUGCAGCAUCUUAUGACGAGAGUGAGAAGUUGGUGGCCACUGAUUACUCGUCUGGACAACAAUCCUCUUCCAGUGCACCUUCGAUUCGCGCUACCUCCAGUACUUCAAAGUUGGUUGACACCAACUAUUCUUUGGAGGAACUGUCCACGACACGGGCAAGUCCAACGCAAGUCCGAUCUCAGAAUGCGAUUCCUGAUCAGAGUCACUAUACGUCGGAAUCGUCUGGCAGAAGUGAUGCAGAUAACAUGGCAAUACUCGAAAUUUUGCCAGUGUCUCUGCCAGGGGAAAGAAGACCGUAUAGCAUGGCUAAUAGGAACGCUAGGAGGAAAGAACAAUACAAAAGAGCAAAAGACAUGCUGUCGGAAAGAAAAUUGCUCAUGGUUCGUGGCAUAGCAUGUUGCAAGGCUCGUUGUUGUUACAACAUGUCGCCGGAGGAAGUCCGACAGGUUAGACAAGGACUGUACAGUAAGAGUCCAGAAGACCGAGCAGAGCGGUGGAUGAAAAGUCUUAAAGAUUUCACAUUGAGUGAGGGCGGCCACAAACGAGUCCGUCCUGUAGAGUUGGAACGUUCGAUGUGUGUCAAGGCGUACUGCAACGUUCUUGGUGUCUCUCGUAAUACGUUUUAUAGCUACAAGAAGCGCUUCGAUAAUGGCUUCAUACGUUGUGAGCAUGGGUUGAGGGGUAUACAUCAGCCAACAGAAAAGACUGUCGCCAUGCUUGCCAGCAUGAAAAAUUUCAUCGAGUGUCAUGUGGAUAGCAUGCUGAAUGAGAUGGCUCACAAGGGUGGGGUUUACAGACCGAAGCUUCGACUGCCAGCAACUUUUACGAAGAGAUCUAUUUAUGAGUCCAUCAAAUCAGACUUUGUCGCCGUCGGCCUCGAGGUCGUGUCCGAGUCCAACUUUUAUAAACUGUGGCAAAAACACUAUUACCAYGUUUCGCUCGCACACUCUAACACAUUCACGAAGUGUGCCGUCUGUCAUGAACUGAAAGAGCGUAUACAACACGCUGCUCUUCCUCGAGAUCGAGAAAGAGCUAGGGGGGAGAUGAAAGCUUACCAAAGGCAGCAAGUUGAACACAGAUUGGACUAUAGUUGUGCGAAGAUUGAAUCGAUGGUCCGUCCCAACGAGCGUUUAUGUCUCAUCAUUGACGGCAUGGAUCAGAAGAAGACGACUAUCCCCCAUAUUGGUCAGGCGAACUACUCGAAAGACCUUAGGCACGAGACGGUGAUGAAAACGACUCUGACCGGUGUCAUUGCACACGACAGAAUGUCUACGUCAAGGGGCGAGGAACAGCCUACGGGGACCUCGGGGAGGGAAUCAACGACCAAAAAGUCCUGGUCCGAUCAUGUCCGCGCGAAAUGGUAUGUCGAUUGGUGCUGCGGGGAUGAGAACGACCCCACGAGAGGGCCUUGCGGUCCUGUUCUAUUCGUGGAAGACAGUAGACCCCGGAGAGUGCUUGGUUCGGUGGAGGGAUGGCAGGCGGCUAGGAGUCACGACAAGAUGUAUUUCAAGCUGCACGAGAUUUACAAUUCGAAGGGCGGCAUCGUGGCUGCUUCCAAAGGGGCGGCCCUGUCGUGGGAUCUGUUCCAGGGGUUUGGUGCAGGGGCUUUGAGGACCCCUUUCUACACACAACUCGCGGCUGAAGGUGUUGUUUCCGCUAGGGAGUUCUUCGACUUGGUGGAAACGAAUGACGUCCACCUUGAUGAACCGUGCCAGAUCUCAUGCAACCUGGCACUGUCGCAACCUGUGCAGAUGUGCACUGGGUUCGAAUCCAGCGGUGCUCCGUCCGAGGGAGGAGAUUUGGGUUCCGGUGCUUCGUUCCAACUCCACCUCGGCAAGGAACGCGGUCGCUUCGACGAUAGCGAGGAGGAAGAAGAGGAGAGGACGGGGAAUUCGCCGGCCCCGCAGACGUCAGGGGGAAAAAGGAAGGGAGGGGAGGGGCAUGUGGACGCUGCGAGUCACAAACGCCCAUCCUCGGCGCAGAUUCAGCCCCUGUCCGGCCCUGUGCAGCAGAGGGCUCCCAUCGACAUCGAUGCGGCGUAUUUCCUCGAAUGGAAAGACGGCGUGCGCACAAAGCGGGAGAUCCCCAUUAACCCGUCGCAAGUCGUCGACAUCGGGGAGUGGGAAGCCGGGUACAACCAGCGUUCCUUGGAUCCGGUGCAAACACAGCUGAUCAUCGACGCCAUGACGACGGCCUACUCGCAGGCCGAGAAGACGUACGAGCUGCCCACACUGAAGCUAGGGCCGCUGGGGCUAGAGAAACCGAAGUCGUGGGUGCGUGCAGUCCGUCUGAAGCCCGAGGACUGGAAGGACGAGCUGGCAGACCAAUACUACUACUACGCUGUUGCCGGCCAGCACAACGCGACCGCCGCCAGGAAGCUGCUUGGCACAGACGUGGCGGUCAGGUACAACUUCGAGAGGUGGCCUGCACGAAUGGUGUACUUCUCCGACGCGGACUUCAAAGGGUAUUUUCUGGUCAGCGCCGAGUACAACAAGAAGGACCUGAAGGCGCCUCCCAGACAGCAGAAACUUUCGAUGAAGAACAUCCGGUGGUGUUGGAAGGAAAAGGGUUACCCCAGAGCUGUUAUGGGGAACCCGAGCGGAAAACAGGCUCAGGUGGAGGCGUGGCGCAGGUUUUGUACAGAUGCGCUUCAAAAGACGCCCAUGGAAGCCUUAACAGACAAUGAGAAAUGUCGGUUGCUGAAAAAGGUUCUCAACUGCGAGGUGGUGUGGGUGCAGACCGGCUCCUCUGCGUUGGCAAAGCAAGGGAAGUUGGGGAUGCACGAGGCAGUGCAACUGGUGAAGUGCGACCGCAUUUUGGUGCGGUUAUGGAACUACUACCAGUUUAAGUAUGAGAAUCGGUCUGACUCUGAUUGGACGCGUUCGUAUCCCUUCCUGCGGAAAAGAGAGGCGAUUUUGGGACAGUUCAAAAGCCAGGCGCUGGAUGCAGCAUUGUGGGACGGAAGCAGGAAACUCGUUGGAGGCUCAUCGUUGUUCAGAGACUGUCCCCCGUUUAUGGGCUGCGAGGACGACAAGUCGAUCAAGGCGACAGAAAAACUGGUUCACAACAAGAAGUUGUCCAUCGACUGGAAGAACAAGGUCCUUUCCGUGCUGACCGGCAGCAGGUCGAAAAGCAUGGAUGUCGCGCUUGCCGAAGUCAUGGUGCACAUUCGGUGGCGGGACUCGGGAGACGUGACAUCCAUCGCCCCCUUCGGCGUCGAUCCUCUGGAGGCGCAGAUGAAGGUCGUCGAGUUGGAGAAAGCGGUUGGGAUCACGAAAUGCCACACUGUCGUUCUUGAUUUGUGCGAGCUUGUGGAUAUCACAAUGUGGACACAGCAAGCUUUCGAGAGUUUGAAUGCCCUUCUAGAACAUUUGUUCCCUUCGCACUGGACGGUCGUUGCUUUCGUCCCCCGGGAGCACGACUACUACUUCAUGACCAGUCUACGCCAUUUGUCCGUUGUCAAGGCAAUGGCAGGAAAGUGGGUGAGGAGGAUGCAGCAGAAGAAAAGCUUCGCGGCCGGCAACAACUUGUACUCAUUGGACGACCGCAUGUACAUCCUCUUCAAAGGUGACGACUUGCGGGAGAACACGUCUGUGGUUUACGACGCGAGGUUGGGGGCGGGUGAUGUUGCUGCUGUUGGGGCACAUGUCAAAGUCACCCCGACGGACGUCUCGGAGAUGUCGUUCGACCCUUGUGAAUGGCCCCUGGUCAUACCUGGUCGUGAACCCAAGGUUUACAAGGACAUGGAACGGAACCUCACGCACUUGGCCCAUCAGCUGGAAUUCGUGUGCAAAAAAGGGGAGGGUGUCAUGUUUCUCGGGAAGGCGCACGCGCAAGUCGUGUGGGAGGCUUUGAAGGGCGAUCGCAACGUCAUCGCGUUGGAGGGGAAUUCGGAGUUGCUGCAAUACACGUUGGAUUUCCUGAAAAGCGCGGUCAACUCUGGAGCCCACCGCUGCGAGUUCAUUUCGAGGACCGACAAACCGAAACGCGCUUGGGAGCCGUCCACGGACAUGUGGUUGAAGCUAAGCAAGAGGAAAAGGGACAGGAUAUACGAGUUCCUCUUCCUGGAGACGCGGCCUAGGAGGGACAGCGACCCUGAGUAUAUUCGCCGCAAGGAGCACAUGUUGGCAUUGCUGGACAACUACCAUGGCGCCUCGCGUUUGAACGCGAAGAACUUCCUGGACCGACUGGAGUGUUUGUACUUUGUCGAGCCGGAGCAGGAGCUCAGGGUCGCGAGUUACAGUGCAUUGAUUGACACGGACGAAGAGGCAUCGACCGGAGUCGUUUUCGACACCAAUGUUCCGGAGGAGGAUAGCGACACCGAGGAAAUCGCCCUAAAUUACCACCCUGCUCCUGUUCUUCCAUCCCCGGGUUCCUUGACGGCAGGUGCGUCAUCAUGCCAGGCCAGUCCAACGGCGCCCGUUCGCAGGUCCACCCCCGGCAAGACCCCCAGCAAGCUGUUGGCGAAACUCACACCCCGAACUGUUGCCCCGCCUCGCUUGCGUCCAGGGAGUGCAGUCCCAUCGGAACAUCCUUCUCGGAAGGAUGAUUCCAUUCACUUUGAAGGGCACGACCACACUCGUUCUAGUGAAGCAGACUGGGGUCACGACAUGAUUUGGCACCCGGGAACGAUCCAGCCUUCAAUCCGCAAAGGGGAGUGGAUCAUGGUCGUCGUGGACUCGGCUGGGCAGUGGGAGCCAUGCUCGCGCCUUCCCAAGUCCGAGUACUUGCAACUCGCAAGCAGUGGUGUGGCGGAUAAAGUGGCGUCCGAGAACCCCCAUCUCCAGGCAACCGACCCGGCCGUCGUUGACCACGCUGAUCGCUUGUUUCUGGAGCUUCAAGACAAGGGGUGGUUGGAACUCUCAGACGAGUUUUACGACUUCGAUGCGAGUCCUUCGAAGGGAAGCGUGGACUGGAAGGUCCCCCCUACGACGGGGCCGCAGGCGAGUGCGGGAGGGGGACCUCCAGGCCCUCCGGGGGGGGGAGCGGAUGAGGGUAGCGGCAAGGGGAAAGGAGAGGGCACCGCGUCAGGGGGAUCGGUUGGCACUCACGACCAGGGCAAAACAUUGGAAAGCGGCGGCCAGGUUGGGGUGUUCAACGUUGCUGACAAGACGACCGAGGGGGCCAGCAAAUUGGUCGCCGACAUCCGAACUUCUCAGAACGAGGAGCCAGCGCCUUCGGACGCUGCGAAGUCCGUCGGCAUCCGCACUACAUCGACCACACAUUGGUCGGCCAUCCCCUCGACGACUGCUUUCGCCGCCUCCGUUGGCAUCGGGAGAGGCUCAAAUGAGGGGGUUCCAAUCACCGGCGUCAAGUACGAGUCCGUUGUUAUCCGAACCAAGACUCAUGAGGUGCACGAUGGGGAACCCGUCCUGCGCAGCGCUACAGGAGCAAAAGUGUCGGAAGCGGGUGCCAAAAUGAAGUCCGCCGGAAUCCUCACUUCGGUUUCGUCCUGUGCCACGUCCGACGACUUUCCUACGCGGCAGGGGACUGCGUCGGCCGUCGGAGACGGGCCGCCUACGGAGUCCAACGCACGGUUGGAUAGCGGGGCGUCGUCUGUGCUCUGCAAUUCGAACUCCGCCGGUAUCCGAACUUGCUGGGGAACGGGCAUGCAGUCACAGGUCGUCGAGUGGGCGGAAGAUGAGACGUGUGCGGGGAUAGAAGACUUGUCGGCGGGAGUCGGCGAUGAGCCGGUGGAAGGAGCCGAACUGCGCGAGAGGGACGGGGGGGAAGAAUGGGUGCAAGUGGAGGACGACCAAGAACAACAGGAAUGGGAAGAAGAUGGGGGAGGAGCGAAAGAGGGGGAAAGGGAUUCAAUUUUGUUGCGUGAAGGAGAACACAAUGGACGGUGGAGAAGAUGCUGGCUGCGGAGAGUCGUCUGACUCGUUCGGACAGUUGUACACGAUGCAACGCGGAGGUGAUGUCGACGAUGACGCGACGACGAUGGAAAUGGAGACUCAGGUGGCCACUGGACUUUCCGCAGACCUAGAUGCCUAUGACGUGCACCCGCUGGCACCGGCAGUGCAUCUCCAGGACGGGUGCGACGAGGUCGCCAUGGCAGGGAGCCAGACGAAAACAAAUCGUUGAAUGGACG